AUGGAUCCGUUCAUUCUAGCUCCAAUUCAUUCGGUGGAUGGGAGCGCCAACGAGCGAGCGCUCAUUAUUGAUUGCAACUGCGCAGGCGGUUGCUCUCUUGAUGGGAGCUUCGCUAUCUCCAGUUGGAUUGCAGAGAUAAGUCACUUUGAUCCAACCGUUUGCAAACAUUUCAUGCAGGUCUUCAGGAGCCACUAUCGGGCCAAGGCUAGCAAUUGUACCAGGCCAAAGCGCGUUCCAGAACCUCAACGAUUACGGAUUCCAGUAAUACGCGUUGCCAUAUCCCAAAUGGACUGCUUAACGUUUGUUGUUUUGAAGUUCCAACAAGUCCGACCACUGCGAGGUCAUACAAAAGGUAGUGACUGCAGGGGGUUGAAGGAAGGAGGAGGGAAUAGAAGAGAACCCAUCACUGUUCCUCCCAGAGCUGAGAGCUACAAAAUGGAUUGGCUGUUCCCAUGCAACUUUGCACUGCAACUUUCUACUUUUAUUCUUGUGGUGGAAGCAAGAAAAAUGAACUUCAAAGUCACGUGA